GGCCUCCGCCCGGCCGCCUGCCGCCGCCAUGUCUGCCCCGCUGGGGCUGCUGCUGCUGUUGGGGCUGCCAGGGCUCCUGGGCGGGUGGCCCCGCUACCAGCCCACCUGGGGCUCGCUGGAUGCCCGGCCACCUCCCGCCUGGUUUGACGAGGCGAAAUUCGGCGUCUUCAUCCACUGGGGCGUGUUCUCGGUGCCCAGCUUCGGCAGCGAGUGGUUCUGGUGGUACUGGCAGAAGGAAAAGAGAGAGCCCUAUGUGAAAUUUAUGGAGGCAAAUUACCCACCUGGGUUCAGUUAUGAAGAUUUUGGGCCACUGUUUACAGCAGAAUUCUUUGAUCCCAACCAGUGGGCAGAUAUUCUGAAGGCUUCAGGUGCAAAAUAUGUGGUCUUAACUUCAAAACAUCAUGAAGGCUUUACUUUGUGGGGUUCCAAAUAUUCUUGGAACUGGAAUGCUGUUGAUGUGGGACCAAAACGAGAUCUUGUGGCCGAACUUGCAACAUCUGUUAGAAACAGGACCGACUUGCGUUUUGGGUUGUAUCACUCCUUGUUUGAAUGGUUUAAUCCUCUCUUCUGUGAAGAUGCCACCAAUGUCUUCAAGACAAGAAAGUUUCCAACCAGUAAAUCAUUACCAGAACUCUAUGAAAUUGUGACCAAGUACCAACCAGAAAUAGUUUGGUCUGAUGGGGAUGGAAAUGCACCAGAUACUUACUGGAACAGCACUGGCUUUCUAGCUUGGCUGUAUAAUGACAGUCCAGUUCGGGACACCGUUGUGACCAAUGACCGCUGGGGAGUCGGCAGCAUCUGUAAGCACGGUGGCUUCUACACGUGCAGUGACCGAUACAACCCUGGACACCUUCUGCCUCACAAGUGGGAGAACUGCAUGACCAUUGACAAGUGGUCCUGGGGGUACAGGAGGAACGCGAAGCUUGACGAUUACCUCACAAUUGAGGAACUGGUGAAGCAACUUGUAGAAACAGUGUCUUGCGGAGGAAAUCUCCUGAUGAAUAUCGGGCCCACUCACGAUGGUCGCAUCGCUGUUGUAUUUGAGGAACGCCUGAGGCAAAUGGGUGCCUGGCUGAAAGUCAACGGAGACGCCAUCUAUGGGACAAAGCCGUGGAGAGCGCAGAACGACACGGUCACACCAGACGUGUGGUACACAUUCAGACCCACAGAUGGCAAAGUUAAUGCCAUCUUCCUUAACUGGCCAAUCUCUGGGACUCUGGAACUUGGUGAGCCACAGGCUAAGCUUGGAGAAACACAGGUGAAGCUUGUUGGCUACAAGGAGCCACUGAAAUGGAUUGCAUUAGGAGAAAAGGGACUGAUGAUAGCUCUACCUCAGUUAACACUUAAACAACUGCCGUGUCAGUGGGGCUGGACCUUGCAACUGACUGACAUAAAUAACAAAGAGAGCACCCCCCCCCAGCCUGUUCAAGAGGCACGUGCAUCCGUUGGCAAAGGCUUUCUGAAGAAUGAGAAACCCUCUGGAAUAACAUUUGUAAAGUCAAGGAAAGAAGAGUUUUUCUUUACAGAAAGAAAAAUCUGGUGGAAGAAUAGAAAAGCCGUACUUCAUACUGCUAUUCUUAGAUCACCGUCAUUCGUGUUUUUCCCAAAACCUAACACACCCCAGACAAACAAGUUAUUUUUUCCUAAAUAUCUUGUUGUAAUACUGCCACCAGAUGCCUUCCAGAUGCAAUAAAAAUAAUCAAAUGAAUUAUGCAAGAGUUUAACAACUUUUUAAUAGAAAAGUCUUUACAUACAGUGAUUCUUUCAACAAGAAUAUUUUUAAUGGGUGUUUGAAACAGAAUUCUAUUAGAUAGAACAAAUAUAGGCUCGCUCCCAGUUUUUUCAGUAUGUUCUUUCUGCUGGUCUACCACUCCUACACCAUUACAAAAUUAACCCAAAUCUCAUCAGUAGUCACACGGGCUGUGUUAUAAAUACAUGAUAUAUUCCUAUUAGUGUGCAGCUCAUUUCUCUAGUUGCUGAGGGGUACUAAAAGCUUCGUAAACAUUAGCAGCAAAAUCUUUCACUUGUUCCAUCAUCAGUAGGUCCUG